CUAAAAUGCUGUUUUGCUGCAGCGGGUGCUCGCUGCAAUGGAGCAGGAGGGCUCAGCGUUCAGCUUCUGCUACAGGAGAACGCUGGUCAGACGCGCUGGUCAGUAGUGAGCUUCCGUUGUUGGUCUCAGGAAAUAUGAGUCGUUUUUUGAACGUAUUGCGGAGCUGGUUGGUCAUGGUAUCCGUCAUCGCCGUGGGAAAUACAGUCCAAAGCUUCCGCGACCACAGCUUUCUCUCCGAGAAACUUUACACAGGCACACCUGAUUUUGUAAAUGGCCUUCAGGCAAGAACUUUUGGGAUAUGGACUUUACUGUCAUCCAUCAUUCGUUGUGCCUGUGCCAUGGACAUUCAGAACAGAACGCUUUAUCAUAUAACAUUGUGGACAUUUGUUCUGGCUCUUGGCCACUUCCUAUCUGAAGCCUUUAUCUAUAAAACAGCCCCACUUACCAUUGGAGUCAUGGCCCCUCUUUUUGUGGCAGGUUUUUCUAUCGUGGGCAUGUUAAUUGGGUUCCAGUGCAUAACAGAUCCUGAGGAAAUAAGUGGAGCGAGGCAGAAGAAGAGAAACUGAAUCUAUGGCUCAGUGACUCUGUGUCCUUCAGGUGCUGGAUGUGACUGAAUGGGUUCAUUACUGUUGCCUGAGGACAAAGACAGCAGAACUGGACAGAACUUCUGAAUGCCCUAUUCCAGAUUUACACUGACCACUGUGUGGUCUAUAUGCAGUGCAUUUUUGUAAUCUCACAAAAUCACACUCAGCGAUGAUGUCAAUCAUUUAAAGCAUUGUGAACUGUUCUUCAAUCAAAAGGAUACAGGCAAUGUUGUGUUAGAUAAUCUGGGACUUCUGCAUACCAUCUCACCUCCAGAAUACUGUUGAGCAUCACUUUUUUUAAUUUGCCAGAAAUACACAGUAAUAAAGAUAUUUUACGUAAUGUAUAGAGAAAUACAGGGGCAAUAAUAAUUCAAAACGUUUUGUUAGAAAAGACAAAUUGUAGUGUUUCUAAGUUGAAUGUUUAUUUUUGGUGACUUGCACUCAGUAAGAGUCCUUUGAUGCCUUUUUGUCUAAACAUCACCAAGUUGUGUACGAAUUCAAGCUCACAUGAAUGGGUUUUUCAUUUCCUCUGUUCACUAGUUGUCAGCAUAAUAACUGGUAUGUAUGUAUGUAGAAGCCUAUUGUAAAAAAUGAACACUAAACUCAUUUUGAGAAGAA